UGCAUAUGUCCCCUUCAUCCCCCUCUGGCAAGGACAGUGUUGGGCAUCUCCAACUGCCCCCCAGGCACUGCCAUGGGCUACGGGGGUGCCCCUGCAAGAGCCCAGGAUGAGGGGCUACCACUCAGGCCCAAACUUCCUUGAACCCUGAGGCUGGCUGGGAGGCUUCUCCUGCCUUUAUCCCCAGAGCCAGGCUGCAGGGGGCCUGGUGGAACUCUGGUUCCCAGUCCCAGCCCCUCAUCCCAGCCCCUCUCUGAGGAGGAGGCAGGCAGCCGGGGCUCUGCAGCCAGAGCUUUUCAGCUUGGAGCUCUGGAGCCAGAUGUAACAUUGACCUUAAAUGGUAAAAGCUCCCCAGAGUGAAGAGAGGCUGGCCAGGGAGGAAAGGGGAAUAACUCAGUUUUAGGUAAGUCAUCGCUAUUGCCUAGAAUAACCUGCCUCUUCAGUCUGAGGGAAGCAGAGAGGCGCCUUCUCCUCCUUAAAGCCUGCGGAGCGCAAGCCUCUUGGAGCAUCUUUGGGGUUGACACAGCAGAGGUUCCAGGCACACACAGCCACUCCAGCCAGGAGGCUGCCAUGCCCCACAUUCCUGAGGAUGAGGAGCCCCCUGGAGAGCCACAGGCAGCUCAGACCCAAGACUCUCCCUCCGCAGGACCAUUUCACAGUCUUCCCACAAUCAUCCUGACGGGGGAUGCCAGUUCACCUGAGGGAGAAACCCACCGAAACCUGACCAACAGAGCUCCCAGCCCCCACCGAAGGCUUUCCCACCGACAUCUGAAGGUCUCCACAGCUUCGCUGACUUCUGUGGACCCCACAGGACAUGUCAUUGACUUGGUAAAUGACCAGCUGCCAGACAUCAGCAUCUCAGAGGAGGACAAGAAGAAAAACCUGGCACUUCUGGAAGAAGCCAAGUCGGUGAGUGAGCGAUUCCUGACCCGCCGCGGGAGGAAAUCAAGGAGCAGCCCCGGAGACUCCCCAUCAGCUGUUUCCCCAAACCUCAGCCCUGGAGCUUCUCCUACACCCUCUAGGAGCUGCUCACCCACCAUCUCCACGCCACCAGAUUUCGACACAGGCAGUGGCCCACAGUCCCCUUUGCUGGGAGCAUCACCACAGCAAAAGGGGCAUGAGGCCAACAUCUCCUCACCUCACCUCGGCGAGCCUAAUGUCUCCAAAGGGCUAGCCGACCGGAAGCAGAAUGACCAGAGGAAAGUGUCUCAAGGCAGACUGGCUCCCCGCUCUCCCACAGUGGAGAAAUCCAAAGCACUUACAGUAGAACAAAAGGAAAACUUUGACCCCCUUCAGCAUCCGGAGGCCACACCCAUGGCUCAGGCUUCUGGAGCGAGCAUCAGUGGGAAAAUGGCCCUGAACAGCCCCCAGCCUGGCCCUGCCGAGAUGGAGCUGGGGAGGCAGCUCCUGAAGACAGCCAGGGAAGGCAGCCCUCUGCCCAGAAGCACAGUACCAGGCUCAGGAGGAACUGUCUCUCCACAUCCCCAGGGACAAGGCUCUGCUGGAGAGCCUGUGGGGCCCAAGGCUGGCCCCAAAGCUGAACUGCGGCCCCCUGUGUGCCGGCCCCCCUUGAUACGGGGAGUCUCCUGGGACAGCAGCCCUGACGAACCUGGUCCCCUGCUGCAGAAGGUACUUGCCAAGCUGCCUCUGUCGGAGGAAGAGAAGCGGUUUCCAGGCAAAGCCAAACCAGCCAAGCCACCUGGGCUCAAAGACUUCCAGAUACAAGUUCAGCCUGUGCGCAUGCAGAAACUGACCAAGCUUCGGGAGGAACACAUCAUGAUGAGAAACCAGAACCUGGUGGGGUUCAAGCUUCCCGAACUGAGUGAAGCUGCAGAGCAGGACAAAGGGGUCUCUUCUGAACUCACCCCUGGAACUGAGGAAGAAGAGGCAAAGAGUGGUCUGGAUGUGAUGCCCAACAUUUCUGACAUAUUGCUGCGUAAACUGAGGGUUCACAAGUCACUCACCGGAAGCGCCCCUCCACUCACGGAAAAGGAAGUUGAGAACGUGUUUGUACAACUGUCCUUGGCCUUUAGAAAUGACAGCUACACCUUGGAAUCUAGAAUUAACCAGGCUGAAAGGGAACGCAACCUGACGGAAGAGAACACCGAGAAGGAACUGGAAAACUUCAAAGCUUCCAUUACGUCCUCAGCAUCCAUCUGGCACCACUGUGAGCACCGAGAGACCUAUCAGAAGCUUCUGGAAGACAUCGCGGUCUUGCAUCGUCUGGCUGCCCGCCUCUCCAGCCGGGCUGAAGUGGUUGGGGCUGUGCGCCAGGAAAAGCGUAUGUCAAAGGCAACAGAGGUCAUGAUGCAGUAUGUGGAGAAUCUGAAGAGAACAUACGAGAAGGACCAUGCUGAGCUCAUGGAAUUUAAGAAACUCGCAAAUCAGAAUUCAAGCCGCAGCUGUGGUCCCUCCGAAGAUGGGGUCCCCCGCACGGCGCGAUCUAUGUCCCUCACGAUGGGCAAGAACAUGCCCCGCCGGAGGGUCAGUGUUGCUGUGGUUCCCAAGUUUAACGCCCUGAACCUUCCUGGCCAAACCCCCAGCGCAUCACCCAUCCCCUCCCUACCAGCUCUGUCUGAAUCACCCAACGGAAAAAGCAACAUAUCCGUCCCCCCGGUGCUGCCUGCACUUUUGGAAAAUGGAAAGACAAAUGCGGAGGCUGACUGUGAAGCUGGUGCCCCUGGGCCGCUCCCAAGCUGCCUGGAGGACACGAGCCAGGAGACCAAGGCCAGGGCAGAGGAAGAAGCCUACACCAAAGGAUACCAGGAAGGGCUAAAGAAGACCGAAGAACUUCAAGACCUGAAGGAGGAGGAGGAAGAACGGAAGACGGAGAGUCCCGAGGAACCAGCGGAGGUAGAAGGAACUGAGGAGGAAGAGAAGGACCAGAGAAGCAGCAAACUUGAAGAACUGGUCCACUUCCUACAAGUCAUGUAUCCCAAAUUGUGUCAACACUGGCAAGUGAUCUGGAUGAUGGCUGCAGUAAUGCUGGUCUUGAGUGUUGUGCUUGGGCUCUACAGCUCCUACAACUCCUGCACAGAGCAGGCCGAUGGGCCCCCUGGGAGAUCCACCUGCUCCGCAGCCCAGCGGGACUCCUGGUGGAGCUCAGGACUCCAGCAAGAGCAGCCAGCAGAGCAGUAGGACAUCAGAGUCCUUAGCCAUGCCCUGCUCUGGUGCAUUCACCCAACACCCUGCCCCCAAGUACAGUGUGUCAGGCCCAGGUGUGCACGUGUGGCCACUCAUCCAUCCCACUGGGGAACAAGGAGGCUUUCUCUUCACCCUCAUCACCUCCAUGGAAGCUACUCACACACAGGAACCUGAUGCUUUGAAGGGAUCAGCAAAACUGCUCUGGGAAAGCGUCUGGUGGACAAAGAAGUGGCCUUCACGGAGGACUCUGGCCCGAGGGAAGAGUCCUGCCCCUGGCUCAGAUGGAUUGGGAGAACUGAAACCCCUUCAUUCAGGGGACAGGGAGAAGCCUGCUCCCCCUUUUCCUCCCUGUGUUUCAUAACCAGGAAGAGUUGUACUUAAUGGCCAGUACUGACCGUAAGGAUCGGACCUGGGGCCUGGGGUCACAUGUGGAUGUCUUCCCACUUCAUUUACCAUGGCUGUUCUUUAGCCUUCACUCUCCCCUCCAGAAUCACCAUUUCUUGUCUGAGAGUGGGAAAGCACUCUCAUAAAAGUACACAGGCUAAAAGUAGUCCCAUGCUUGAAGGGAAACAGGAAGACGUGAGUUAAUAUAUAACGUGUCUUUAUACAUAUGGACAGAGCUAACACACAACAUGUUUGUGCACACACACCCACUCUCUGGAAGUGUGCUCUGCUUGGUGGCAGCCAUGUUGUGCCAAUCAAUUAUUUUUCACUAGGUGUGGAACAGUAGUCACCAGGCGUCAAUACAGGGAGCCCUCCACAUACUCUGAAGAUGUUUGAAAACCCUAAGAAAUCGUGUCUUCAGAUGCCAGUUUGGAGCUGUUGUUCGGCAGUCUCUUCCCUGGCUGUGUGCUGCAUUUGAACGUGAUUAACCCACCCCGUGGGUAAGAAAAGGUGUGCCUUCCACCCCAGACUCUCACUCUGCGUUGCUCAUCAAGGCUGCCAUUCUCCUAUUUCCCGCCCAAAUGUGUCCUUCCGAGGACCUGUUCAGCAGCAAACCGAAGGAGUGCGUCCCACCUCCAGCACGGCGUCUCUCACACCGUUCAGCUGUUACCUUCACUCAGCUCUCAUCAGUUGGAGAUGGGCCUUCUGUCGUGCUUGCUUUUCUGUUUCAAUGUUUUUGUUGCUAACACUCAUGCAGGACUUAUUGUGAGUCCAAAACUGUCUCAGUGUUAUAUAGAUAGUAAUUCAUUUAGUCCUCAAGAAAAACAAAAUCUGAAAUGGAUAGUACUCUCUCUCUCCAUGUUCAAAUAAGGAAACAGAAGCAUAAAUAUCUCUCUCUCUCUCUCUCUCUCUCUCUCUCUCUCUCUCUCUCUCUCUCUCACACACACACACACACACACACACACACACACACACACACACACUGAUACAACUUGUCAAGCAUAUAUAGCUAGUAAGUAAGUCAUUCAAACUAGAGUGGUCUAGCUCCAGGGACUGUACCCCCUGACCCCUCUCCUAUGGUCUCCCAGCUAGGUGCCUUCUGGUCUGAUCCCCUCCCCAUCUGAUCCUUCAGCUGUCCCAAACCUGUCAUGGUUCUCAAAUGAAAUUGCUUCUCCCACUGUGCUUCAACUCAUGGGCAUCUCCCCUGCCUUUGCUCUCUUCUCUCCACUCCUGAGGACCAAGCACAAACACUACCCUCUAUACAGGCUUCCAGGGCCUCCUUCCAUGUUCUGCCACACCCAGCAUCAUGGGUGGCACCCCACUUAGUGCUGCUGGCACUUGUUAAACUUUAGUCAUUGCCCUGUGCCUGCUGUCUACCUUAUUUAUACAUCUGUCUCCCUGGACAUUUUCCCUCGAAUACGAUGUCUUACCAUCUCUUGGGCAGGUACCUACCAUGGCAAACACUUUGGAGAGAAUCAUUUAACUUUGGUUAAAAGAACAAGCGAACAGUCAAGGUGAAGGGCAGCCUAGAGCGUGACCUCUUGAGGCUUCCCAAAACCGCCACCCUCAUGAUCGUUCCUAUCUCCAUGAGAAACCUGUCAUGACUGAUUCCUGACCUUGGCUUAUUUUUAUCUUUCUCUGUUUACCCUGAGAGAGCACGAGUGAAACCAUUCUCGAGUUCAAAUACAAUCACUCCUUUUAGAGAGACACCCCACCCCCAACCCACCCUGACUAGGCCUCACUUUAAAAUGCUGGUUUUGAAGGGACAUCCUUUACAGUGGCUAGAAAACAGCAUAGUGAAGUGCCCAAGGAUGUGUCAUUAAAGGUAAUGCGGUUCAGAGCGAGGCAGUGGGAUUUUGCAAGCAUAGGUAGAUGGCUCACCUGGAGUCUUCCAUGGGACUAGAUACAGCCAAAGGAGAUUUAACUACAUAAGCACUUUACAGCCAAAGACAGGGUGUAGACGGGAUGCAGAAAGAGCAGCCGUUCGGACUCUAGCGGAUCAAUGUCUAAUCUCACCCCACCCCCACACCAAAAGAAGGUCCAGCUUGAGUGAGCCCAUUUGGCCACAAAUCCCCACCCCUCCCUGGGUGAGACAAAGUUGAGGAGAGCAUGUGUAAACUGCUUCAGCGUCAUCCCUGGCCUCCGAAGCCUGCAGGAGUCUUUGGCCUAGACCAGCUACCACACCGCUCCAACUGGAAGGGCAGUUGAGGAAAAGGACAUCUCCAAAGAGCGGAGCCACGUUUAGAGCAGCGCGGCUAAAAACACACUUGUUGGUUCACCUUUUCAGGAAAACGAGGGAUAACUUGUAGCGGUCACAGCCGCUGCCACACAGCCAGUGCCAUGGAAGUCAGCCUUGUGGUUCCAGACAUAACAGGCAAAUGAAAUCGAAGUUACCAUUCAAGGUGCCUCUGAAACCUACGGUUCUGCUUAGCCCUGAGAGUCUGGUUGCCAGCCUUCUAUUGUAGAAGGACAUGUUCGCAUCAUCACUGAUGUCAAUUCCUAAAAGGGCCUUCACUUCCUAGCCACCACGAAGUCUGUUUCCUUUGUACAGCCUGGGAUGAGGGAAUGGCAAGGGAGAGCCUGGACUUGAUGUCACCGGCUGUCAGUCCCUAAUGUUAAGCCUCACACAGGUAGGUGUGCUAGUGUUGAACUGUAGAAUGUCACAGAGCUGAGUUUGAAAAUAAACGCACAUUUCCAAACCUU